CACACACUCUCUCACAUACGCAUGCACAUCCUUCCAUGCCAUUGCCUGUGGCUAAGAGGCUCUUUAAUACGUUUCCAUUCUCUCUGAAGGAUCUGUUAAGAAACUGUUCAGGAUUUUCACUUCUGCUUUUUGAUUUUUUUUUUUUUUUUUUUUUUCAGUUCAGAUCUGGAGAAACAUCACUACUGAGGAGCAAGAAAAGAGAGGAGAGACAGUAUCGCUUUUCUUUUCUUUUUCUUCCCACUGAGACCAUGACACCUUGUUUGGAUUCUUUUCUCAGGCUAAGAUCCUUAAAAUGAUGGAGGACAACAAACAGUUGGCUCAGCGGAUCGACGGGGCCAUCCAGUCAGCCAGUCAGGAGGUAACUAACCUGCGCUCAGAGCUGACUGCCACCAGCCGCAGACUAGCUGAACUCGGGGCAGGAGAGCCGGCUGUUCUGGAGAACCACCAGCACAACCACCAUGAGUCUCCCAUCCACGCGAGACAGAAAGCAGUGACAGACGUCUGCUUUAAAACCAACAUCAGCAGCCUGAUGGACUUUGGUACUCCAGAUGCCUCUUUAGACAAAGUAUUGCUGCGGGAGGAGGUGGCCCAGCUGCAGGAGGAAGUUCACCUGCUCCGUCAGAUGAAGGACAUGUUGACCAAGGACUUGGAGGAGUCGCACGGCGGGUGCUCAGCCGAGGUGCUCUCGGCCACAGAGCUGAAAGUCCAGUUGGCUCAGAAAGAGCAGGAACUGGACCGUGCCAAGGAGGCCUUACAGGCUAUGAAAGCUGACAGGAAGCGGUUGAAGGCAGAGAAAGCAGACCUGGUAAACCAGAUGCAGCAGCUUUAUGCCACGCUGGAGAGCAGAGAAGAGCAACUCCGAGACUUCAUACGCAACUAUGAACAGCACAGAAAAGAGAGUGAGGAUGCGGUGAAAGCACUGGCAAAAGAGAAGGAUCUUCUGGAGAGAGAGAAGUGGGACCUUCGCCGGCAAACCAAAGAGGCCACGGAACAUGCCGGAGCCCUCCGUUCACAACUGGACCUGAAAGAGAACAGGAUCAAAGAGCUGGAGGCUGAAUUGGCCAUGGCAAAGCAGUCCCUGGCCACCCUGACUAAAGAUGUGCCCAAGCGCCACUCUUUGGCAAUGCCCACGGAGGCUGUAGUCAACGGUAACCAGGAGUGGGUGAUGCAGGCGGACUUGCCCUUGACUGCAGCCAUUCGGCAGAGCCAACAGACCCUUCAUCACAUCCACCCAGCCGACAGACAGGUGCUGAAAGCCGGCCCCGUGUGUCUCUGUGACACUGACGGCGUAUGCAUCCCCCCCUCAGCCGCGCUGAGGAUCAGCCCCUGUCACUCGCGGCAACCGUCAAUCAUCUCGGACGCCUCGGCCAUGGACGGCGACAGAUCGUCCACGCCGAGCGACAUCAACUCUCCCCGUCACCGGACGCACUCCCUCUGCAAUUCGUUAGAAGAUCUGGAAGACCAGAAGCGUAAGAAGAAGAAGGAGAAGAUGGGUUUGGGAUCACUGUCGCGCGUCUUUGCCAGAGGAAAACAGAGGAAGUCUCUGGACCCAGGCCUAUUCGACGGUACUUCUACCCCAGAUUACUAUAUAGAGGAGGAUGCUGACUGGUGAUAGAGCCAGAGAAACACCCUGUGACCUAAGUGUGUGUGUGUGUGUAUGUAUGUGUGUGUGUGUGUGUGUAUGUAUGUGUGUGUGUGUGUGCUCGUCUUGUAUGGGCCAACAAUUUGAAGUGAAGUGUGUGCACAUGCAUGUCUGCAUUGUGUGGUAACUUGUGUGUGGGUAAGUGUGCGUGUGUGUGUGUGUGUGUAUGUGUGUGUGUUCCUUGCCCAAGACGACUAGAGACUCCUCGUAUGGAUCCCUUAUCCCUACUGUUCCUCUGAAGUGUAUCCAUUGCAAACAGACUGCAUGUAAAUAGAGUGUAAAGAUCACCCUUUGUGGGUUUAUCAUGUGCAGAUACUGUAUGUUUGCCGUAUCUGCUAAGCAACAUGGCUAUGUGUUCCAACCUUUUAAUUGUCUUUAUAUUGACUUUUGUUUAUUUCGAUAACUGGAAACUUGAAGGACUGCUGUGUUUGUAAAUAACAGUCAUUGUGCACUUUGUGCUUGUAAAUGUCUUUUGUCCUGAAUGCUUUUAUUUUAUUCUAUUUUACCAACAUUUUUUUUCCUUAUUCACCCUUUUUUAACAUAUUAAUUCUCAUCCAUUGUUCCAUUUUGUUCAUUCCCUGCACUCAGUUUUUUCAAUUUUUUUCCCUGAAGCUUUCCUGUCGGCAAAAGCGCAGACUUUCUAGCUGCUGUAUUCACCGGUUUGCAGUUAUUGGGCUCUUAACCAGAGGGUUGUGAGUUCUAAUCCCAUGCAUGUCAUUACUUAUGUGUCUUUUAACGAGGCACUUAACAUUUAGUUGUUCCAGAGUUGUACGUAAGACCUCUGGCAUAGUAAUUACAAGUCGUUCUGGACAAGAAUGUCAGCUAAAUGAACAAAAAAAUGUAAAAUAAAUUAACAAAGCUCUCAUUCACGAUAAAAAAAAGGGAAAAAAGGAAUGCUCCAAACUGAAAAUCAUGUCAUUCUAAAUAAAUUCAUUUCAAUAAAAAGGAAAAAAAAUCCAUUUAGGUUUAGGAGAGACAUAGGAGACUUAUUGCAAAGGUCCUCAGUAAUGGCUUUGCAUCUGUGGUGUUUUCAAACCCUGUGGUGGUUCUUCCCCCCCCACAGGGAAACAGGGAUGAGGUGAUUACCCAGCAGUCACUGGUCCUGAUGAGGCUGCUUCACAUUGGUGCCUGUCACCCUUAAGUGUGUGUAGCUAAUCUAAGGUUGUAAAUUAUUCAUGGUACCCGAAGGAUUAAUUUGCAUCUCCGCUGAUGGCGCGUCCUCUUAUUCUCUAGUCCCAUAAACGUCGAGUCAUUUCCCUGUGAGGGUUAUUUAGUCAUUUUCAAAUCAUUGUCCUUCAUCAGUGCAAAGUUAUUCAGAAUAAAGUGUCACUGGACGCUGAAGGACAUGUUUUGAACUGUGAUGAAUUCUUCAAUGGCUAACUAGCAACCUUGUAAUAAUAAACCCAAAAAGAAUCAUAUCUUUUCCUUCAAGAUAAGAAAAAUUGUUUUCAGAUAUUGUAGCAUGUAAAAGCAGAAAAUGAUAGGUCAGAGAGGGAAGCUAUUUUGACAUGAAAGGACAAAAAAAAAAAAAAGAAUCCAGUUCUUCUCACGACUGAGUCUGUGGUGACAGGCCCCCACGGGGUUUUGGAGUCUGUGUCUGGAAAUAGAAGUGGAAGAGCCCACUCCACGCUGUAGAGUUGAGAGAGGCCCAGAGGAGAGAAGAUAGGAUGUUCUGUAAGAGGUCUCACGCUCCUGCUGAAAGAAUGAUUGGCUGAGAUUGAACGGGUCCUGUCUAGGCUUCCAGCAACAUAAUUGGCCAUAACUUGGACCAGUUGAAUAGAGAGGGUAGGUAGGUUACCAUGGUUUUUUGGAGUUAGCCAUGUAUUUAAGUUGCUUUCAGUCCAAACUGAUAAACUGUAAGUGUGUUUAUCCGUCCUUCUACAAGUCUGACACUGUAGGUCCUUCUCAACAACAAAGACCACUAAACCAGAGUGUGUGAACGAAGGCCGGUUCUGAUAACAGAAUCAAUCAAAUUUCCUUAAGAAGCUGAUUCCAAGUAAGACAUUUAGAUUAAAAAAACGCUGACUGUAUAAUAGCAGAGACAGAUACAUCAUCAAAUGCUCUGCAUUUUUUAAAUCCGUGUCAUGCUGGACAAAAAAAAAAAAAAAAGAAAGAAAAGAAAGAAGAAAGAAUGUCAGGCUCAUUCAGGUCUCGACUCGGAUCAAAGGAGAGAAAUAAAAGAAUUGUAAUAAGUUAACAUCCUUCAGGUUACAGACCAUAUUUGCCUCCAUUGUUAAUGAAACAGGAGACAAAUGUGUACUCCAUCCCUCUCUCGCCGUUACAUUAAACCAUGGCCAAGUAAUCAGAUUUGGAGCUCAGCCUUGCCUUUAGAAGCAAUUAGGGAAAUGCCAAAGGUUAAUAGUGUUUGUGAGAAAAGCACAAGUUCAAUCAAAUUUUUUAUCCCCAUAUUGGCACCUCUGACCGCAAGUCUGCCCUACCCUCAGGAAAGCUUUGCCUGCCCGAAAUGUUAUUAAACUAAAGCUCGUUUCAAACUGUAACCAAGUUGGGGAUUAUGAAAACCUAUUUUAAAAUGGAGGUAUGAUUAUCCAAGCCGUUUUGCAAAAAGGUUUUUGCCAAAAAAAAAAAAAAAUUUGCCAAAAAAAAAAAAAAGAAGGAAGAAAAAGAAAGAAAAGCAGGGGUGAAAUUGCCUUCAUUGUUGCAGUAUAUCGCUUUCUCUCACUGGCAUUUCAUAUCAGAAAACCAUUAUUUUCAUAUUUAAUUUACUGAUCCCAAUUUCCUUUCAUUUCACAGCAAAUAUUUUACAUUCUGUAAAUUUGGAAAUAUUACUGAAUUUAAAUCUAUUAUCAGAGUUUUAUUUAAUUAUAAGGAAUAGACCUCAAUAGAUGAGUAUGUUUGUAAUAUAAAUAUAGAAAGCGUUCUCUUCAUCUGUUUGGAAAAGGUUAGCAGAAGAGAUCUAAGCGGCAUGGAAACAAACUAUGAUAAAGAUAUAAAG